CUUCUGCUUCCAGCACCUGCCGGAACCGGACACCCAAAAUAGCCAGCUCAUAGGGUUAGGUCCUAUUAAAACCUUAACAGGGAACCUUAACCGGCAGCCAUUUUAUUUACGUUUUGGUGAUUGCACGCGUGAGCCUUGUCGUCCGUCUCCUAUUUCGUCCUCAUCCCUUCGUUCCCCGGGUUCUCCAGUCCGCUCGCGUUCAUUGUCGCCGUCGGUGCUUGUAUUUUCUGCUUGUUGCUGCUCAGGUGGCUGUCUGGAUCCUGCUCGAAUCAUCCCGUGGGGCAUGAAUCCCCAAAUCAACCCUUCAUCAUGGUCACCAACUUAGGAACAAAAGCUGGCCGUGAUCAGUCCCAAUCAGACGCUUUCCUAAGGGCAAAAAACGUCUGCGUGCCGCUAUCACAGCUCGCCUUGUCCCUCAACCGCGACACCACCGCCGUCAACAAAUUCAAAAUCGUAAACGGCCUCGAAGACCUUCUCCACACCAUCAGCCGGAUCCCUCCCGAACACUUCAACCCCGAACUAUGCGACUACAUCUUCUUCCCCCUCUCGCACUUACUCCGGCUGCGCGACAAGCUCGAUGAUCGCUCCACCGAGCUGCUCUUGCAGUGCAUCGAGCUCUUGAUCCGCAACAGCUGGGGCAAGAAUCUGCAGGUCGAGAUGCUCAAGCAACUUCUCAUUCUUCUCUUACUUCUUCUCGAUCCUCCACAAAAGAAAACCAAAGAAACAACGAGAUACAUCUCCGACGAGACCAAGCGGGCGGGAUGCAAAGCCCUUAAUGAGUUAUUUAUCUCCUCUUCCGCCUCACGGACUCUCAGAGCUUUCUACAAAGAAGGAACUGAGAUCCCUACUCUAGGCCACGCCGUUGCGGUCCUCCUCAAGAUUGCUUUUGAUGCCACGGAUAUCGACUGCAGCUGUGCUGCAAUCGACGCUCUGCGGACACUUCUCGUCGCCGUGAUCGAGGACGGAGAUAUGCUGGCCGGUUUCCUGCCGGGCUGCGUGUCAACCCUCUCAAACAUGCUCGUUCCCUCCGUCAGGAAAACACACUACAAAGUUACCAUCAAAGCCAUCGAGCUGCUCGGCCUUCUUCUUGCGCUGUGUCUGGCCGAUGUCGACUUUCCCUUUGAAAGCUCGUCCUCCUCCAGCAGCUCGAGAUCGCGCGGCUCCACAGAGCCGAGUUCCGUUCCCAUGGCGCACGACGAUAGUUUUGACAACUCUGACAGCUUGGGCUCGAUUUCGUCUGGCUCAAUGGAUCGGAGACGAAACUCCUCGAACGUGCGAACAGCGAGCUGGCUCAAGGGUACAAAGAGUCAAGUCAAAUUAGCACUUGAACCAGUCAUCGCUCUGCGAUCUCACCGCCGCCCAGAAGUUCGAUCGGAACUGAAAGCGUUCUGCGUACGGCUUCUGCGAACGUGUUUCGACAGCCUUGACAACUCCCGCGCGAUCCUGCUGGUCGCCAUGGUGCAGCUUUGCUGCGACGCAGACGAAAACAUUAGUUCAGACAGCUGGGACUUUCUCCAGGUCUUUGGUCGCGAGAAUUCAGAGGCGCAGGAUAUAGUCAAGAUGGCGGUCUACGACUGGAUCAUGUCGAUGCAGCGCACUCUUGCUCUGCAAGACGACGACGCAAAAACGGUUGUGCUGCAGCAGUUGAAGAUUGGGCUCGAGCUUCUUCUGGAGUGGGAAACUGAGAUGAGCGUGAUUGAAGAGUCUAUCGUUCCUGCAUUUUUCGCAUCGGUUUCCUUGACUGUCCCUUCUGCUUUGAAGAUCUCGGCAUCGGACUUGGUGUCUCCGACCGCGGAACUAGGGAUGCUGCAGACGCAGGUAGCGAAGAAUGGUCUUUUGCCGCAGAUUAAUGGGAAAAUCGACUUUCCACCGCUAGAUAUAGAGAAGAGCGUUGGCCAGAGGGCUGCCAGAGAGCUGGAAAGAGUAUUGGAGGCCAUCGGUGCCUCGCUGAUGUUCCGCAGCAUAGCAGAUGAGUGCGUUCAACUUGCAAUGGAUUCUGAGAACGACAUCAAGGCCCAGCAGGUCGCGUACUGGAUGUAUAUACACAUCGUGCAAGGCUCGAGAAAGUCAACCGAGUUGUUUGAAGAUUACGAGACCGCGCUGUUCAUCGCCCAGGCUUCGGAGCAACUUAACGAAACCUCGUUGCUACUUUUAGAAAAGAAGUUGGACGAUGAACAGCUCACCGAGGACGAAAGCACUCUAGUGAGACUUUCGUUGGAGGGAAUUGCUCUUUCGGCCGAUAUAAUUAAGGAGGAGUUCAAAGUCGUGCUCAUGGAUGUCCUGUUCCCGGUCUUGAACAUGGUAGCCUCCAAGGACUUGACUGUUCGUCAACACGCUUAUAUUGCGCUCUGCAACAUCGCCAUAUCAUGCGGCUACGAAUCUGUCAGUGAGCUCUUGGUCAAGAACAUUGACUACGCACUGGAUUCGGUCUCGCUCAAAAUCAACACUCUCGACAUUUCCCCACGAACACCAAAGAUCCUCUCUGUGCUCAUCAAGCUUGGAGGCCCGGACGCGAUCCAAUACCUCGACGACAUUCUAGCCUCGAUCUUUUUACUUCUUGAUAAUUUCCAUGGAUAUUCACAGCUCGUCGAAGGGUUUUUCGAAGUCCUGAAAGCUGUCAUCGAAGAAACAUCCGUUGCGUUCUUGGCAUCUAAUCUUAGCUUGGAGGAUAAACCGCGCGCCAAACGCGAUGGCGUGUGGGAUCUGAAGGGAUUGAUUGAGGAUCUGCAGAGGAAACCUGAUUUUGAGCUGCAUGAACCCGAGAACGUGAAGGAGCCCGAGAACGGCACUGAGGAGGAUCAAGAAAAAGAACUCACUGAAGAAGAAGAGAUUAUGAAGCAGCUCGAUCAGCGCGACGAGCAUCCUUCUGAUCCUCCCGAGACCUGGGAUUCCCCGCUACCGAAAGCAUGGUACAUGAUAGUCAAACGGAUCGCGCUUCUUUCUCGCUACUAUCUCUCGCAUUCGUCGUUCUCACUCCGAUACCAGCUCUUGGAUCUUCUCCACACCGCUAUCCCCGUUCUCGCCACGAACGAGAAAGAUUUUUUACCAUUCAUAAACGACGUGUGGCCGGCGUUGGUCCCAAGACUCAAGGACCCAGAGCUUAAUGUGACGAUCGCCGCUAUAGAAGUCAUGGGCGAUCUGAGCCGCUACUCUGGCGACUUUAUGAGCUCUCGGUUCGAGGCUCUCUGGAAAUCUCAUCUCAAAACCAUGUUUCCCAAAGAACUGCCUCGAUCGCGGGAAGGCAAGUUUUCGCGUUCAGCGCAGCUUUAUAGAGCUCUGACAGGCUAUCUGACCACGGUACUCCGCAAUACGCGCUUGAAAGAGCUCGUGUACAACGAUAUCCUGGAUGCCGCGGCGCCAAUCUUGGAUAACUGCAAUGAACUGCGAGAAGCACUGGAGGAGAUAUCGGGAGACGCGGUAUGGGUGUAUCUCAACGUUGGUUGUUGAGCUUUCUGUUUUCUUUCUUUUGCUUUUUCAUCUUGAUAUCGUUUCAUUGCUUUUGAAUGGCGCAGGCCUUGGAGUUUUUGCGUUUCGUGUUUUUUUACUUAUACCGUAAUUUUUAUAAUUAUUUUCCUGCGAUGGCUUCUGCAUGUGCUAGAUCUCCACUAUCAGUAAGGCGCUUCAACUCUUGAUAAUAAGGAUAAUACUAUUUA